CAGUACUGUAUUUCUCAAUAUAUCCGGGUUUACUCUGACUGACUUGACAGUUUUUCUCCCUGCUGUCAUCCAGACACUCAAACCAGGACCCACCCGUACUGAACCUAGCAUCGCUGACGUCACGAGCACCCACAACAGGAAGGGAACAGGCUAAAAGGCUCGAGGCACACGAUUUACAUUCCCGUUUAUAUCAUAUACAUGAAAGAAGGAAGGAGCGAACUUGCUAUCAAGUCGUCCCACAUAAAUUGCAUAUAAUUUGAAUAUUUGAAUUGAACUUAUUUGGGCCACACAUUAGUUUUUGUUUUACUCUCUACAUUAUGGGCAAACACCAUUACCAUUAUCAACAACAUUAUUUAUUUAUUUAUUUUCACUUUUUGACUGCAUGAGCAUUUUCCCUUUAUGUUAAAGUGACAAAAACAUGAAUGUAUAUAAUAGGACAUGAGAGAAUAUAAUGAUGCAUAUUUGUUUUUAUAUAUUAAUAAACAUUUUGCAGCAACUGAGUACAAGGUUCAUUAUUAUGCCUACAAUGAAAAACAGGCAUUAAUCUGAUUGAACACUGGCCAAACGGGACUCAGAUUCCCGUGAACCUGCAGUGAUUCGCUCCCUCUUGACCAGCUGGACUAAACAGAGAGGAGCCAUUGUUCUCCUGAGAAGAACUAGACAUAACUGAGUCCCCACCCACCCAACAAUGCUGUCAUUGGCUACAUUCAUUUUUGCAAAGUGAAAUGCAAAGUCUUUGUUGUAUUUUCCUCUCUGUGGUCUACCUGUUUAUGCCAAACAAAGUCAGCCCUGGGCUCCAUGCUACCUAAAACCUCUAUGCCAGCGUUGUGAUACUUGAGUGAGUGAUUUUCAGGACUUGACUUGGACUUGAGAAUCAACUGCAUUCAGACUCUUUUUCUUUUUUGUUAGUAGCGCACUUGUUUGGCUAUUGUGCCACACACAGUAAAUAAUCUCCCCUUGAAAUGGGGACAGCUAUGUCAUCUUUUUUAUUUGUACGUCAGCUCUUUGGCUGUGCCAGAGUAGAGCACUGGAGCCCAUCUUGGAACUCAGACUCAAUGUUGAUGACUUGGACUUGGACUUGGGAUUUAGUAACCCGACUAAAGCAUACAGCAUUUUAAUAACAGUGUCGUUAGUGUUUUUAUUGUAUGACUUGUAUUCAUCAGUUACAUUGUACAAAGCCUGUUCAUUGUAUUUAGUCACUGCACAGUGACUUUUAUGCACAUGCGCUCAUCCAUCACUUAACAUGGUUACUACAGAAGCAGAAAUAGUCCUAGAUCACAACAGUUAUUAUAUUUAUUUCCACAAGUAGUUGCUUGAGAGGUAAACAGAUGUAGAGUUUGGCAGGGGAAACAGAGAACAAGACAAAAUCAGGAAAGAGCGUCUGCAACAGAUAUUAUGGCGGCCUGCCAGAAAAUUGCAUUUCAGCACAGUCCAAUAUAUAUUUCUUGAAAACAGGCCCAAAGCCCAUGAUAAAGAAAACCUGCAAAGAUGAAGGAAGACACUUGUUGGGGAGCACCUGAAGGCAACUCCUCAUCCAGUGCCCUGACUGACUGUCAAACAAAAUAAUCUUCUUCAUUGUACAAGAGAACCACAUGCAUUGUGUUGAGCAGCAAACAGACCGAGUCCCUUGUUAAACCUGUAAUUCAAUGUUCCAACAGCAGAUGGCAGCAGAGGGCCUUUGUGGACAAUAGACACUGUUAUUGCUGCAGGUUUAUGGAGGUGUUUGUGUUGUACAUAGCCUCCUACAGAUAAACACUGGGUUCCCGCCACUCUGCAUGAUACAUGGCAGCAUGUGUGAGUGAUGCUUAAACGAUUUUCCUUAAAGAAAAACACUGAAUGCAGUCACCUAUAGUAUAACAGCGCGGCAGUGUUGUGGUGUGAUUCUCCCGCUGGAGCGUGUUUUAUGGGAUUUUGUAAUGAUGCUAUGACCCUGCCCUAUAUGUAACGGAUAGGCUGCAUCACACCAUACGCGCUCCCAGCUGCCAUUAACAUGUUUGGGUUUCUCUAGAUUUCGCACAGAGUGGAAACAUCCAGAGCCUCACAACACCUCUGGCUGCACAGUUGUUGGACGCAUGACUUUGUUUUUUUCCCCCCACUUUUCUUCACUUUUUUAAGGGAUGGAUGCAACGAGGACAAUUUUGCGUUUAGUUUUCCGUGCAUCAAGCUGAUACAUUUUACUUUUCUGGUUUCCACAUUAUUAUCAUGCAGGUGAGCUGAUGAUGUUUUUGUUUUCAUCGACCUGUGUGAACCCAUAUUUGGAGAGAAUAGAUGCUGCUGCUGCUGCUGCUGCUGCUGGAAGGAAGGAGAUGUUUUCUUCGGGUCAGUUCAGGUUUGUUAAAGAUGGGUCAUGUUGGCAGAAUGCAGCUGGACUGACUGUGGCUGCACAUGGGAAUUGAUUUAUCUUGUUUACCUCCUGAACGGCACACAGCUCCCCACCGCCUCUCUGCUUUAUUGUCAGCUUUCCGCCUCCUUUUCCCACUGGCUGAUCCACUAGAAGACCCCAAUCUCCAAAUUGGCCCAGAUUCCCCAAAAUGAAUUUCGACCAGAUCCUCUCUGCCAUCGGAGGCUUCGGGAAAUAUCAGAAAAUUUUGUACAUAUGGAUUUGUUUACCCCAGAUCCUCCUCGCCUUCCACAUGAUGGUGAGCAUCUUUACCGGAGCCACGCCACCGCAUCACUGCCGAGACAACUCGAGCUCAGUAGCCGGGAAUAAGUCCUCCUCCCCGGGCACACUCAGCCUGAACUUCAGCCUCUCGGAUUCCUUCUGCUUCUCUCCCGAUGUCAUGCUGCAGGGAAACCGGACUGAGCGCGUCCCAUGUGGCCAUGGAUGGGUGUACAGCCAGGAGACUUUCCAGAGCACUACAGUCACCGAGUGGGACCUGGUGUGCGACAAAGCUGGACUCAACAGUCUUGGAUCAUCUGUCUACAUGUUCGGCCUGUUGGUGGGAUCCGUGGUGUUUGGAGCCAUGGCUGACAGGUACGGCCGACGCUUCAUCCUGCUGCUGUCCAUCGCCCUUCAGACUGUGUUUGGAGUCGCUGUGGCCUUUGCACCCAACUUCCCUGUCUAUGUGAUUCUUCGCUUUGUAGUUGGCACCACGAUCUCUGGAGUCAUCAUCAAUGCUUUUGUACUUGGCACUGAGUGGACAUGCACCAAGAGACGCAUGCUGGCUGGCAUCAUCACGGACUAUGCUUUUGGCCUGGGCUACAUGCUGCUAGCAGGUGUAGCAUACCUGAUACGAGACUGGAGAAAGUUGCAACUGGCCAUCUCAGUCCCGGGCUUCCUGCUCAUCUUCUAUAUAUGGGUUGUCCCUCAGUCUGCCAGAUGGUUGUUGGCCAACGACAGGAGAGAGGAAGCCAUCGCACUCCUCCGCAAGGCAGCACUUGUCAAUGGCAGAGUUUUACCUCCCGCUGCACAGGUUGCAAAGUGUGAGAUUUUAGCUGGAGGGAAGCGAAGUUACUCAGCAGUGGAUCUCGUACGAACACCUCAGAUGAGGAAGAGGGCUAUCAUCUUGUUCUACAUCUGGUUUGUGAAUGUGCUGGUGUACUACGGGCUCUCACUGGGUGUGUCCAGGUUAGGGACAAACCUCUAUCUCACCCAGUUCGUGUUCGGGUUGGUUGAGAUCCCGGCUCGUUCUCUGGUCCUGCUCGUCCUGCCCUGCAGCCGCAGACUCUCCCAGAGCAGCUUCCUGGCUGUUGGAGGCCUCGCCUGUCUGCUAAUGCUCACUGUCCCUGCAGAUCAUCCCAAUGUCCUCACUGGUCUCGCCAUGGUGGGGAAGUUUGGUAUAACUGCUUCCUUUGCUGUAAUUUAUGUGUACACUGCUGAGAUAUUCCCCACUGUGCUACGACAAACGGGAAUAGGUGUCUCCUGCAUGUUUGCGAGGAUGGGUGGUGUGUUAGCACCCAUCAUCAACAUGCUUCAUAACCACAGCCCCACCACGCCUUUGGUCAUCUUCGGUACCUCCCCGCUGCUGGGUGCUGUUCUGGCCCUGGCACUGCCAGAAACUGCCGACAGACCUCUUCCUGAUACAGUGGAGGACGCAGAGAACUGGGACAUGAGGUCUCCUUGCAACAAAGACAACACUGAGAUGUGUGAGGAUAUUAGCCAAUCGGCCAGCAGCACAGAGGAGCAGGAGCUACGACAUCUAGCAAGCCAGACCUAACUGUAUUCACGUGGGUGCACACAUGCCAUUAUUCACACAAUAUACUGCCUCAACUUUGAUACCAGGUACAGUUCUUCAAUCAUCCUCUAUGCAAUAACACGUCAGGACCUGAUUAAGAGGUUUAUGCAAGAAAGCCAAACACAUCUCACCCACCAAACUAGCAUGCAGGUGCAUGCGCAUGUGCACAAAGCAGGCAUUCAGCUCUGCUGCCAGGGCAGAUCAAUAGCCUACUGUUUUACCAAAUGCAAGUAAACAUCCGUCUAAGUCAGGAAUAGUCCUGUUUAGCAAUCUUGUGUUAUUCCUCAGAAGUUAAAAGUUAUUCUAGUUUUGAUAUAUUUUCAUUACGUGGUGAGACAGAAUAAAUAGUUCCCCUAAAGACUUUGCAGAUUGCAUAUUUGUAUAUUCCUGUAUUUACACAUCUACAGGCAGCAGCUCAGCUCAAACUUCUAAACCUGUGUUGAUGUGAAGAGUCAAAUUGGGUGAGAAGACUUUAGUAGACUGCCACUUCCUCUCGAAUGCAGCACACAUAGUCCUGUUGAGCAGCUCUUUUUAGGACUUUCUAUUUUUCAGGACUGAAGAACAAUUUUACAUUUUGUGCGUUUCUUAAAAGCACGUUUAUAAUAUUUUUGUGGACUGUUUGUGGCAUAUCUUUGUUGUAUCUCAAUGCUGUAUCGAACAAGCAACUGCCUCGUUUUCUAUUUUAUGUUCUCAAGCCAAGAGAAAAGAAAACUAGUCAAGUGAAAUUGCAUGCACUAGUUACUUCAUUAUGCCUAAUGUAGCCUUUUGUUAGACUACUAUAGUUCAUAUGUAGUUUUGUAUGAGAACUUGGAUGUGACUGAUCAGCAUGUAGACAUAUUUGAUUUUAUCUUUCUCUUGUAGAGGUUUAUUUUCAUUUUAGAUGCCAUGAUUUUUAAAGUGUUUAAGGGCUGUUAUUAUGUAAACGAAUUAGAUAUAUAAAAAAAACCCCAGCAUGGAUCAGAAGCACUGGUCAUGUAGUAGUAUAUGUUACUC